AUGGACCCUGGUGGACUUCCCUCGUCAAGAGGCCAAGCAGAGCAAAAGCCAUUCGUUAGAUUCAUUUUCGCCGUUAUUAACUUCCUCUUGCCGGUGCUCAAGCACUUGACGAAUACCUUUCGAACGACAGAAGACUCCGGUCGAGAUCUUGUUGCCGUUAGUGUUGAUACUGCAUUCCAUGGAAAGAGCGGUUACUUGGUUGGACAGGUGCAGGGAAGUGCUGCGGUUGCUAGUGAGGACGUGGAAUUUCAGAAGAGACUUUGGGAUGCUUGUUGGAGAUGGGCUGAUCUCUCUGACGAGAACGCCCAAUAUAGUUACUGUGCCAAUGGCCCUGCCGCCAUCCUAUUCUCUGUCCUUUUUGGACUGACAUGGAUCGCUCACCUCGUGCAAGCGGUGGUCUACCGCAAACGAUUCUGCUGGGUUAUUGUCGUCGGUACCGUAUGGGAAUGCCUUGGUUUGAUCAUGCGCACCUACUCGACCAUCAACCAGACCAAGUCAACAACAGCAUCAGCUGCACAGAUACUAGUACUUCUGGCCCCGCUAUGGGUAAAUGCCUUUGUCUACAUGAUCUUCGGUCGCAUGGUAUAUUUCUUCCUACCAGAGAAGAAAGUGAUUGGUAUUCGGGCCGAGAAGCUAGCCAAGAUAUUCAUCUGGCUGGACGUGAGCUCCUUCUUCAUCCAAGCGACCGGCGGCAUCAUGGACUCGGGCUUCAGCAACCAGGCGGACCGCAUCGGACUGCAUAUCUACACGGCUGGUAUUGCCGUGCAGGAGUUUUUUAUUCUAUGCUUCUGCGGACUACUGGUCGUCUUCCAUCGGCGCAUGCUGCAGGGGCUUGGUGACCAAUCCAAGGGCCACCACUGGAAGACAUUGGUGAUUGCCAUGUACGCUACUUUGGGAUGCAUCACGAUCCGGAUUAUCUACCGGCUGGCUGAAUUUGCUGACAUCAACACGGCCGGCACCAGCCCGUUGACCGUCAACGAGACGCCAUUCUACGUUCUUGAAUGCCUUCCUAUGUUUACCGCGAUGAUCAUCUGGAAUAUCUGGCACCCGGGCCGUUAUUUUCAAGGCGACGAGAGUGAAUUUCCCAAGAAGGUGAAGAUAUCACGCAAGGAGAAGGCUCGCAUGAAGCGGGAGGCCAAGGAGCGUAAGCUUCACGACCGCAACAACUCGUCUACCUGUGAAAGUACACACAUUUCUGAGUAUCAGCAUACGCAACUGAUGGAGAGAGGAGAUAUGGAAGAGGGCAUGACGGGGAGAUAUUAUGUAAAUACAAGAAGCAAUGAUUUCGCACUAUAG